UUCCCCCCCCCUCCCCGGUUCUCUAAAAAGUAUCCCAUCAGGACCCCAGAGGAGACUGUAUGUGUGAAGUGUAGGAUAAAAAGUUCUUCCAAAAUAGUGUGCACGGGGACGAGGAUGGGGGAUUUUGCAGCCCCCGCUGCCGCCGCGAAUGGCAGCAGUAUUUGCAUCAACAAUAACCUGAAGAGCAGCCUCAGCGGGGCCGGUAUCGGGGUUAACAGCACUCCCCAUGGCCCUCCUGCCGCCGCUCCCGGUAACAAUAACGCUGGUAGUGGCGGCAUUCCCAAGCACAGCACGGUGGUGGAGCGGCUGAGGCAGCGCAUCGAGGGCUGCCGGCGGCACCAUGUCAACUGCGAGAGCAGGUACCAGCAAGCCCAGGCGGAGCAGCUGGAGCUGGAGCGCAGGGACACGGUGAGCCUCUACCAGCGGACCCUGGAGCAGAGGGCCAAGAAAACGGGCACCGGCGGCGGCGGCAGCAGCAGCAGCAAACAACAGCACCAGAGCAAACAGCAGCAAGAUGCUGAGCCCGCCACGGCGGAGCAGAGGAACCACACGCUGAUCAUGCUUCAAGAGACGGUCAAAAGGAAGUUGGAAGGCGCACGUUCACCUCUCAAUGGGGAACAGCAGAAUGGAGUUUGUGACGGGAACUUUUCUCCAACCAGCAAGCGGACACGCAAGGAUGUGCCGGGCGUUGAGGCAAUCAACAGCUUGCCCAUUAAUUUGCCUUUGCCUGCUGUUUCUCCUCUCCACCAGCUUGACAUGAAAGCUCCUCUGCUCCUGCAGAACAGUGGAACUCACAGGAGUGGUCUGGAAGACUUGGGUGAAAAUGGUGGGCUUUCUGAGAUAAAGCUCCCUGUUAAUGGCUGCAAUGAGCUGGAUGACAGUUUUAACAUCCUGCACAACAAGGAACUAAAGCAAGAGCCUCUGGAUGACUCCAACUGCAUAGACACUUCUGAAACAUCUCUUUCAAAUCAGAACAAGCUCUUCUCAGACAUUAACCUAAACGAUCAGGAGUGGCAGGAGCUCAUAGAUGAGCUGGCGAACACCGUCCCGGAAGACGAUAUACAGGAUUUGUUUAAUGAAGACUUUGAAGAGAAGAAGGAGCCCGAAUUUCCCAAGCCUGCCACAGAGACUCAGGAGAGUGCGAGCGUAAAAAGCGAUCCAUCCCAUUCUCCAUUUGCUCAUGUCCCAUUAGGGUCUCCCCAGGUCAGACCGUCUUCUUCUGGCCCUCCAUUUUCCAACAUCUCCUCAGGCUCCAGCAUUGCUUCUGCAUCCAGUGCCCCACUGGCCCCAGUCCCUGCUGGAUCACCAGCAAACUGUGUUGUCCAGUCCCCUCAGACUCCCAGCCAGGCCCACACUCCCGGGCAGACACAGGUGCGCUCUGGAAAUGGCUUCCUGAUGAACCCAGCAUCGGGGCCUGGGCCAGUGACCCUGCCCAGCGCUGACCUGUCCCCAGCUGAGCAGCUCAAGCAGAUGGCAGCCCAGCAGCAGCAAAGAGCCAAGCUCAUGCAGCAGAAGCAGCAACAGCAUCCAAAUCAGCCCUCAAGCUGGUCACCGGUGGGGCCUCCAUCUAGUCCCUACGGAGGACCCUUCAGCGCAGACAAACCAAAUAGUCCAAUGAUGUAUUCUCAAGCCUUUAACAACCAAAACCCUGGAGUGCCUCCUAUGGCAAACAAUCCCCAGAAGACCACAAUUAAUAACUACCUCCCUCAAAAUCACAUGAACAUGAUCGGUCAGCAGCCAAAUAAUUUGGUCACAAACUCCUUGGGCAAACAGCCCAAUGUGCUUUCUUAUGGCAACACUAAACCUCUGACCCAUUUCAAUACUGAGCUGAGUCAGAUGAUGAGCCCAGCAAUGGCAAAUCCCGGGAAGAACACCAUGAUGCCGUACAUCCAGCAGCAGCAGCAGUCCCAGCAGACGCAGAUGCCAGCUCAAGUGGCACACCUGAGCGAGGAGCAGAAACGCAUGCUCAUCAUGAAGCAGAAAGGAAUGAUAAACCAGCCCAUGGCGUAUGCAGCGCUCCCUGCCCUUGGUCAGGAGCACCAGGUGGGAUUGUCGCGGCCCGCGGGGCCCAUGCCGCCUUCUGUGCCGGCCGGCUCCAGCAGCAUAGUCGCAGGCACCGGCUCCGGGGGGCACUUCCUUGGGAGCCAGCCCCAGGCAGCCAUCAUGAAGCAGAUGCUGAUCGAGCAGAGAGCGCAGCUCCAUGUGAUGGAGCAGCAGAAGCAACAGUUUCUCCGAGAGCAGAGGCAGCAGCAGCAGCAGCAGAUCUUAGCGGAGCAGCAGAUGCAGCAGCAGUCACAUUUGCCUCGGCAGCACCUGCAUCAACAGCGAAGCCCAUAUCCAGUGCAACAGGUCAAUCAAUUCCAAGGUUCACCCCAGGAUAUAGUGGCUGUGAGAAACCAGGUAGCGCUCCAGAGCAUGAGAACAUCCCGAAUGAUGGCCCAGAACACGAGCAUGAUGGCCAUGGGUCCCUCCCAGACCCCGAGCACGCUGCUCACCGCUGCGGGCCAGUCGGAUAUGGCCAUGACUCCUUACAGCAACGCCUCUUCCAGCCAGCCAGGAAUGUACAGCAUGAGCACAGGCAUGAGCCAAAUGUUGCAGCACCCAAACCAAAGUGGCAUGAACAUGGCACAGAGCACGGGCCAGGGAACGAGGCAGCCUGCCUCUGGACAAGCAGUGGGAAUGGUUGGCAAUUUUGGUCAGAACAUGCUGGUAAACUCUGCUCUUCCCCAGCAUCAGCAGCAGAUGAAAGGACCUGUGGGCCAGGUGUUGCCAAGGCCACAAGCACCACGACUUCAAAACCUGAUGGGGACUGUCCCUCAAGGAACGCAGAACUGGCAGCAGCGAGGCUUGCAAGGCAUACCUGGAAGGACUAGUGGUGAAAUGGGGCCCUUCAACAACGGCACCACGUAUGCGAUGCCAUCUGGGCAGCCACGGCUGUCCAAGCAGCACUUCCCACAGGGGCUCAAUCAGACAGUUGUGGACACAAGUGGGACAGUGAGAGCCGUGAACCCAGCGCUGGGGAGACAGUUGCUGCAACCUCUACCUGGGCAACAGGCAGGCAGCCAGGCCAGGCCGAUGGUGAUGCCAGGAAUAAGCCCAGGGGUGCCUGCCAUGUCAGGCUUCAAUCAGCCCCCAACGCAGCAAAUGCCAGGUGGUACCUUUGCUCAGAGCAGCCAAGGUCAGGCCUAUGAGAGGAAUCCCACUCAGGACAUGUCUUACAACUACAGUAAUGGAGGAGCAGGGGGGUCAUUCUCCAGUUUAGCAGAGGGCACAGACCUUGUGGACUCCAUUAUUAAGAGCGGACCAGGGGAUGAGUGGAUUCAAGAACUUGAUGAGUUGUUUGGAAACCCCCAGUGAAUGGGAUUGUAUAGUCUGGAGCUUUGGUUACGUUUUGUUACGUUUGAACAAGCAAAGAGGGAGUCAGAUGUUCUCCUCAUCCCUGGAUUGUUGGUUUUUGUUUGUGUUGAGUUGGUUUGGGGUUACUUUGUUUUCUUUUGUUUUUAAUUGUGCAAACCGAGCUGAUCUGUAGCCAACUUUGGAAGAUUCAGGGGACGAUGAAAACAUCAGCAUCCCAAAACUGUCACCAAGCAAUCUCUGCUGUGUAGCAGCGCCCACUCAGCGUGUGUGUGAGGCAGAAUGGAGAAACUGGAAAAGCCGGCUGAUUGCACAGCGGUGAGGGGUGGUCCCGGUAUCUCCCACCUCAUAUGACUGUGCACAUUGCAGCUGCCAGGGGAGCAGAUGGAAGAGCAGGGAGCAAAGCCUACAGACAUUCAGGGGCGAUUGCACAGGCCCUGGUCAGAAACGGGCUUAACCCCAAGGGCAAGCAGGUCUCGGAGAGCCAUGGCCAGGCCGAUGGAGCUGGCUAUGGGCUGUCCUAAGGGAAUGCACAACACUCACAUGGCAAACCUAAACAACCACAGGGAGGUCACUGUUUUCACUGCAGAGUGAUAAACCCCACUACAAGUGCAGAAGAACAUAAAUCUGGCAGUGUUGUGAGGGCAGAUUGAUUAUGUGACUGCUGCUGGAGACAGCCUAGUGGUGGGUUAACUUAAUGAACUGCUUAGUCCCCUUGAGACUUGAAAUAGUGCUUAGCAAGUCAGAGCACUUGGCAUGGCCCAGCUGCAUGGGGUGUUGAAGGGCUGAGAGGUACCAAGAGACAUUAGCAGAGCUCCUCAGCUGGUCCCUCCCUCUCCUUCCUCCCCAGGGUGUUCUCAGUUCACUCCCUUCCCCUCCUGUUCCUUCAGUGUAAAGUGAGCUGAGCUGGCUGCACUUUCUUUUUCAGGCAAGCCACAAAGGGCCAGGCAAAGGAGGAGAAAACAGGCAUGAGAAAACAUACAGUGAGGGUUUGGCACACAGGAAGACUUUCUCCUCCCCUCUUGAAAAGCCCAGGUUUGCCAUGUAGUAUUACCUCAGGACGUCUGGGCUCUUGAUGUGAUAUGUUCAGUUUUAAAUAGAUGUUUGGUCUAAUCUCUCUGGUUUGCUGGAAUAAAAUUCACUGCAGUAUUUGAAGAACAGGAGUCAGUGAAGGACUACCGUAAAGAACAUUCAUGAGUUGGUAAAAUAAUUGAUAUUACAAACAUGGAAUCUGCCCAAAUAAGGUUUUAGAUAAUAGGGAUGUAUCAGUAUCUCCACUGUUUGGACCAGUGCUGAGCAGCCCUGUGAUGAAGCUGUGACAGAUCUCACACAACACUGAAGUCACCAGCCAUUCUGAGUGUAUACAGCAGGGUUCUCAAACUGCAGUUGGAGGCUGUUUUCUGGAACCUAUUACCUCUUAUCAGUGUUUUCAGCUGAGAGCUGUUUAUCAGGUUAUAUAGUUAUGCAUAUAAAAACAUUAACAUGACCCACAGUCCAGAGCUUUAGCACCCUCUGGCCUAGCGCUGGCCUCUGAGAGCCAUGAGUCGUGCUCUGCAGCAGUGUUCUAGUGCCAGUCCCAAUUCCCCAGCUCCUAAUCACCUCCUUUUGUGCAGUUCUCCCUGGGCCCAGCCAUGCCAAGUGCUGAGCCCCUGGCUUCCAUGGAAUCUGAGGGCCUUGGCACUUGGCAGUUUCAUGUCCUGCCUUUCCCCAUGGAGCACAGACAUGCAUCACAUUAAAGAGGGAGUCUGGAACCAUCUCAGUGCGCCAUUGAAGCUCCCUUUUGAGCAAUUUCCCUUGCUGGGCUUGCCUAGUGGGGGGAAUUACCUGUUCUAAAUGCUGUGAUGCAGCAGGACAAGCUGCAUUUUUAAUGUGCUAAAGGUGAGCCAUCAAUCCAACCUGCCCUGACUGCUACAUUUUUAAAAAUGGCUUUAAUCGCAUCUCUUUUAGCUGACCCCUUUUCAAAAUACAGCACAAGGGCCAAUUCCAGCUCCUGCUGAGGAUGAUGAGCAUGAUUAGCAUGCCUGCUCCAUCAGUAGGAGCCAGACUGGGCCCUAAUUCAGAGAAAGGGAGCACCAGCCAAAGUUUUUGGUUCACCCUGUGGGUCAGUAUCUCUUGGUCAGAAUGGAAGGGAUAGGCAAACUCUGGGAGAAGCAGCACCCUGAAGGGACCAGGGUGCUGUGGCUCCAUGUGUGUCAGCGUGAGCAUGGGGCACACGCAUGUGUGACAGAGCUGUGACGGGGUGGGGGGGCAGCCACCCUGCUGGGCAGGGGACGGUGCUGGGGACAGCACAGCCCCCAUGCCUUGGGUGAGAGCGAUCAGGGCUCACCUCUCAACACAGAGGUGGGAAAGGGGAAUUCAGAAACACACACCCACCUCACAGCAGCCAAUGCAAGCUGGUGUGCAUCGGGGAGAUACAGGCCUUGAUGAUAAAUGGUGGUCAAGAGGAGUCUCUGUUGUCUUUGUAAAGCUUCCUCCAAAUACUCCAUACUGGGAUCAAGUACUAGAGAACAGAUUUUAUUAGAUUUGGGUUGAUUGGGGUUUUUUUGUUUUUUUUUCUUUCUUACUAUGGUGCUGAUGUAUAUGUAAUGUUUUAAAAAAAGUCAUUUGUAAAUAUGUUUUUACAAUUCUACAGAUAUCACUGGGUCUACUAUCUGUAAAAUAUAUACAUAUAAAUAUAUAUAUAAAUAUAUAUAUAUACUGUUUGUUUAAAAUAGAGUAUUUUUAUUUCAUUCCUUGACUCAUCCUUACUGCAGUGGCAUUGCACUUCAGAUGACAUCUAAUUACUAAUUUGUACUGUAUCCCUGACAGCAACAUGCUCUGUUUUAUUCAGAUUUUUCUAGUUUUCUGGUUUUACUUUGUACAUUAAGCAUUGCUUAUUUCCUUUUAAGAUCUGUACAGAGUCUGAAAACAUAGAAAAAUACCUGAUGUUGCUUUUAAAGAAAAAGAAACAAAACAAGAACAAACAAAACAAAACAAAAAACCAACCAAACAAAUAAAAGAUGGUUA